AUGAGUAACUCCUUUUAUAAAUAACAUUAAAAACUUGUUUUGACGUUACGUUUAAAUAGUUGAAUCUGACGUAUUCUGAACGUGACAACGUUUCGAAACGGCGGCCUCAUAUACUUGUUAUAUGAGACGCAGUCAUGUACGGUAGCGGUGCAGGAUUCGGUGCACAGCCCACAUCUUACACCAAUGGUCCAGCAUACCCGUACGGGACUGGUAACCCACAACAGCAGCAGCAGCAGCAGCAGCAGCAAUCCCAGCUCAGUUAUGACACAGAGGAAUGUCUGGGUAUAUUACAGCAUUUGAAAAAGCAAGAACUGCAAGAACUACUUGAUGACGAUGACAAAGUGAAUGACCUUAUUAAAGAUACGAAACAGGUGAAAAACAUUGAUGUCGAGAAAGAGAUGAUGUUAGCGAGUAAUCGAAGCCUGGCCGAAUUCAACUUGUCGAGGGAAACCCGUUUCCAGCAGGCAAAAGAUCACCUUGCCAAGUCGCAUCUCUCGGCACUGGAACUGCGCGAAGCUUUAAACGCUGACACAGCUAAACUAGAUAGUAUUGUGUCACAGAACUCACUCGACACGAUGUUGGCUGUGCUACAGACGGCAGCAGCUGAAGAAGAAGAGGACACGGAGCAAAUGACGGAGGAUCUGCUAAGUGGGAAGCUGAGCAUGGACAAGUUCAUGGCAACCUAUCUGACGCGCCGAUCUCUGGCGCACAUGCGACGUGUGAAGUCCGAGAAGAUGCAGCAGAUACUGACGAAGUGAUGAGGGAGCCCGACCGACCGCAUUUAACCUCAACGUCGGCGUCUUUGCGUUACCGGAAAAAUGGUGUACCGAGUCGUGCAGCGUCUCUGUUGCGACCUUGUGAAUACCCUGAAAGGAGCUGCGGAAAGGACCCGUGUAGGGUUAUACUGCUUUGUUGUUGUCGUUCCCAUUGUCACGUGAUUGAUUAGAAAAUGUUUUAGAGUCCCGCACAAGAGGUGUGCAGUUGUAAUUUUAAAUGUAAAUAUGUUAUGACAAUGCAAAGCUGAAGUGCAAGUAUUGUCUACAAGUAAGCUGUAUUUAGCAUAGGUAACCAUGUUGCGUACAGGCUACAACAUACACCAGCAAAAUGGACGAAAACAAAACUGCCUGCCUAUCACGUGUCAAUAUAGCCGUGUCACGUGUCAAUUAUCCACGUAAAAUAUUUCCUACAUUUGCACAUGCAAUUUUCAUUUAAUUGCUUGUAUAAUGUAAUUUACAAGAGUAAAUAACCUUUCAAGGUUUCGUUUUGUCUAUUCCUUAAGUGAGGCAAUCAAUUAAUUAUACAGUACGCAUACAAAAAAUUCUAUAACCAUUCAUUUGUGUUACCGGGAAGCAGUUGUGGUUUAUUAAUUGUAUUGUCACUUGUACAAUUACAUCUUAAUCGAAAAAUAAAUGUACACUUGUACUAGUUUGAAUAAUUUAA